AUGGCGGAAGCGGGAGCAGCUGGCGGCGAUAAGGAUAAGCCUCCGGACACCCCGGAGGCUGUUGUUGACUUACAGUCUAAUGGUACUCUACCAGAGGAGACAGCGGGUUCAUCUGGGCUUCUGGGGGAAGGGUCCAAUGGGGGGCCCAUUCCACGUGAUGACUCCGUUGACAAUGGAAGGGAAAAAAAGAAAUGGUCGUCCCUUUUUGGAACUAGACCCACUGGUAAAUCCUCCCUACCUCCAGUUAAGAAUAUUUCUGACCCUUCUGACGAUAUGUCUGAUUCUGCUUUUUUUGAGGAGGAAUCCGAUAGUGACUCUUCAUCUGAUACAGAGGAUAGUUUUGAAGACUCGGAGUAUGAAAGCGGGAAGAAGAGGAGAUACAAAAAAACAAGACCCUCUUCAUCCAAGGGCAAAAAGCCUCAAAGCAAACCCCUGAUUAGCAUCUCUUUGGAAGGGGAGGACUCAGAUGAUUCUGAGAAGGAGAACCCUAAAGGGCUACUGAAGAAGAAAACAAAAAUCCAUACCCGGACUCGGAAAAAGCACAAGAAAAAAGAGGAGACUGGCAAGGAACCGGAAGUUGACAAGCAAGCAAGGACCCUGGAAGCUUAG